AUGGCUCAAUCUCCAGAGCUUCAAGGGGUUAUGGUUGCCCUCAUCACGCCUUUCACGGAGGACCAGUCGGCAAUCGAUUUUGAAGCUCUUGAUGCCCAUAUUAAUCGCCUGAUCGAUGCCGGUGUCCAUGGCCUUGUUCCCGGUGGAAGUACUGGCGAAUUUACUGCUCUGACUACGAAGGAACGAAAGGACGUGCUCGAACAAACCGUCAACUCUUCCCGGGGCCGCGUGCCUGUCAUUGCAGGAAUCGGAGACCUUUCCACAGCCAAAACCAUUGAUCUGGCCAAGCAUGCAGCGAAGGCUGGAGCUGCAGCCCUUAUGGUAGUACCACCGUUCUAUGACGCCGUGAAUCUUGCAGAGCUGCGUGGUCUGUUGAAAGAAGUCCACGACGUGUCGAAACUUCCGCUUGUCUAUUAUAAUAUCCCCUCCGCAUCUGGUGUCGUGUUAACUCCAUCCGAGCUUGCCUCACUAAGCGAUGUCGGGGUGAAAUAUCUAAAGGACACCUCCGGCAACGGGCCUGCACUGACGGAGCUGUUAUUUGCCAAGGACAUCAAGGAUAAAGUGACUAGCUUCAACGGAUGGGAUACUUUGACGUUCUAUGGGAUGGCCGCUGGUGCAAAGGGCUGCAUCUGGGGCGCGACCAAUAUCCUGCCAGAGUUGUCUGUACGUCUCUGGGAUGCUAUUUCUGUGAGGGGUGACAUCAAGGAAGGCCGUGAACUGUGGAAGAAAAUAUUUCCUGUCUGUAAGCUGCUUGAGUCGGGAAAUUAUUCCGCUGGUGUCAAGGCUGGUAUGGAAUUGCGAGGAUGGAAGACUGGUGGCCUGCGGAAGCCGUUUGUCAUCCAUCAAGGCAAAUUGAAGCAGGAGCUUGCCACGGCUAUUAAUGCGGCUGGAUACGAUAUUGUAGCAUAGUUCAUUUGAAUUGACAUCAUAAAUUGGCCGUAUAACCUUUCUCGUUCUUAGUAAUUGUAGUCUUUUCCCUUUGCAGCUGAAUUAGCGGCUGGCCAUGCGGGCACUCAUCUUUCAAGAGAUGAGAUCUCGACUUCUUUUUUCCAGCACUUUGGACAACAUAAUGAGAGGAAGAUAUGAAGAACCAUUAGUGGUCCUAUGACCAUUUGCAGGAGGCCGCACCGGAAUAGGGCGCAGGCAUAUUAUACACACUCGAACGAUUGAGAUAUUUGAUAGGCAAA